UUUUUGAAAGUGUAAAAUAGCGAGCUGCAGAAUUCCAUUCUAUUUAUUUAAUUCUCUUCAUAUGCGCAUUUAAUUCAUGUUUUACAAAAUCGCAACGAGUUCUUAAUCUUCACAUGCUGAGGCCCUGUUCAGAAGUAUAUCUUUUGACCGUUGUUCUUCGGAUUUACUUAGAAAACAGACAAUGCCGCAAUGCCAAUUUAGCUUGGGAGUGUUUCUUCGGCUUGCACUCCUCAAAAAAACAACGAGAAAAUAUAUUCCCGCCUAAUACUAAUCGCGAUAUCAUCUUGUAAAGGUAAUAGCUUGGGUGCUAAAGCAAAUCUGGUCGAGGUCCAACGAUAUGCUUUUCACCUCUGCGAGAGGCGCUGCCAACAUCAUCCCCUGCUACUCUCAUAAAACAGAUCCACUGAACUUCCAAAAAUCAAUAAUCGUGGGCAUUUCAAAGCCAAUUUCAAUUUACAGGCCCUCACAUUUUACCCAAACCACAAUAUUGGACCCUGGCUAUCAAAAGCAUCAAGGAUAUGCAACUUCCUCCUUUCGCUUGAUCGGAGCAAAAUAAUAAUAUUGCGAACAAUCAGGAAUACGUGCCGUGUAACAGAAACCGGCUAGCCUUUUCAUUCACUAUGGCUUGUACAGCCCUCUUAGCACGCACCUACGUACGUAUUGAAUACGAUACCAACCAUUUAUAGGAUUCGUCCUCGGUAGUAGUCGCCUCAACUCAAAUGCCUCAAGACUCCGGGAGCUCACUUCCUGUGACUCAUGACAUCAUUGAGUAUGCACCUUGAAGAUUGUGGUGACAAACAAAUUCGUAUUAGUUUGGAAGAUCUGAGCUCUUGCCAUCAGAAUUUGGGUGUUUCAUCUAAGCCUUCUUUGUUCUGGUAAAAUUAUCUAAUAGAGGGAGGUAAAAAAUAGAAUCGUACAAGAAACAGCUUGGCGGAUCCCG